GGUUGCCACGCGUUUAGAACACGUUAUCAGCUGAAAAUCCCAAUUGCCAGUGCCGUUGCAAAAUGUUACGUUCUCCCCUCGUCCUUGGUAUCAUCACUCUAUUGUUGAUGUUCCAUAAUUUCCCAACAUCAUCGGUGGCCUUGCGGGUCUCACGUCAGCUUAGCGGCGAUAGGCUGCACAUCACGAUACUCUACGAGUCCUUGUGUCCGGACAGUCGGCGUUUCAUGCGUCAGCUGGGACCCGUGCAUGACGAACUGAAGGACUAUGUGGACAUACUUCUGGUGCCUUUCGGCAAGUCCUACUCCCAGCAAAAUGGCGCCAUUUUCCACUGCCAGCACGGACCGGACGAGUGCUUGGGGAACCGCUUGCAGAGCUGCGUUCUCAGCACCACCACCGAUCAGGGCGCUCAAGUGAAGUUUGCGGUUUGCCAAAUGCUAUCGUCAGAGUUCGAUAAAAUUGAAACUUGUGCCAUUGGUGCCGGCCUCUCCCCCAAUAUAAAGCAAUGUGCGGAGACUUCGGUGGGAACUGCACUGCAAUUGGAAGCGGAGAGAAUUACCAAUUUGUACAAACCCAAGUUUAUACCCACAAUCGUCUACAACGGCGUCUUCAGUCAGGAGUUGCAAGAUAAAUCGCUGCGUAAUUUCCGCGGAACAGUGUGCAAUUUGUUAUUACAACUGAAUAAGCUAAGCCCCAAAUAUUCGAGAGUCUGUCAGUAAAGCGAUCCUUGCCACCCCAUUUAUGGAAGCCCAAAUUUCAGAGCUUUUGAAAAUGUAAGCCCAGCAAUAAAAUGAUUUAAGUGCACAUUUGAAAA